AUGAGAUGUGGUCCUCGAUUAGAGGCUUUUACAGAAAUAGCAAUGAAGGAGACGAGCAAAGAGUAUAUUUUGCAGUGGUCCGGCCAUGCAGCAAGUAUCACCGAGAGAUUUAGCGGUUUAUUAGCUAAACAAGCACUUGUGGAUGUUACUUUGAUUUGUCAAAAACAAAAACUACGUGUACAUAAGCUAGUACUAGCUUCAUGUAGUCUUUAUUUUGAGGAAAUGCUGGAGCAAGAUUUAGGUCAAGAGCCAAUAAUAUUGUUGAAAGACUUGGACUUUGAUAUUCUUAAAGCAAUGGUUGAAUUUAUGUAUUGUGGUGAAACUACAAUAGCUCAUUGCCAUUUAAAGCCAUUGUUAGAAGCUGCCCAUGUUUUUAAAGUAAAAGAUCUCGAGUCGAUUGUUCAGUGUAUGAUGUCAACAAAAAAUUACAUUGAUGAUACCGAUAAAUCAUCAAAUUUAGACCAAGAUUUAAGCAACACAAAUAAUAGUUCAGUAACCCAUAAUUGUGUUCAAGUUAAACUGAGCGGUAGAGAGCCAACAGAGAAACUAUCAUCACCAGCAACUGAACUAUCCGAUAGUAAAAAUUCAAAAGAUAAUCAACCAGUGGAACUAGAACAUACAGUAAUAGAAUUAGAAGAUACAUUAAUAGACUUAAUCGAUACAUCUGUAGAUAGUAAUGAACAUGAAGCUGCAAUAUUUUGCGAUAUUAUUGAGAGUACAAACAAAUUAGCCACACGAUCAAAUGAAAAUAAGUCAGCAAAUUUUUUUCAAGAGAACGUUAAUAAUUUAAACAACAAGAAACUAAAUAAUUAUAUCCAUUGUGACAAUCAAGCACUAUUUAUGGAUAAAAAUAAUUUAAUAUUGAACGAUGUUUCAUGCAAUAUUGAUAAUGAGAAUAAAGAUGAAAAAUGUUCACAUAGUUGUAAUAAUAAGUUAGAAAAUUUAGAGAGUAAUUUAGAUUUAUCAGACCUCCCCAGUGAAGUCGGUGAGUGUUCAAAAGUUUAUACGUACAAAAAGCGAAAAUUAACAAAUUCUAAAAAAUUUUCAUCGUUCUGUACAUCAAAUAUGUUAAUAAAAUCAGAUAAAAUCGAUUGUAUCGAUUUAUCAUGUGAUACAGCACCUGUUACUUUGCCGUCCUUAGCUUUAGACAUGAAUGCAACUGAUCGAGUUUGGAGUAUGAAUACGGAUAAUAUUCAUUAUAUAAUAGGUAGCACAUUAAAUCAAACAAAUGCAUUGAUAAGAGAUCGGCAAAGGAUUGUUUAUGAAGAAAUAGAUACUGAAAGGACAAUUAUUCCUAAUCACAAAAGUAUACGCCAGAUCAAAGAGUUGUUUUCUGUAGACAAUGAUAAUAUUUCUAUGGGUCAGAUGCCAAUACUACGACGUAGUGUUCGUCUUAAUCAGUUAGAAACUGAUGAUUCUGUGAAUAACAAUAGCGAAGAAACACAAAAAAUUAAAGAUAAGCAUGUUGAAAUUAAAAGCUUGAGUAAAUCAUUAACUAAAGCUAAACGUACAAAAGAAUUGUCAACUAAUGGAAGAGUCUCUGAUGAAAAUAGUGUUUCAAAAAAAAGUGUAAAUAAUCCACGUCCAAAAAAGAAUACAAAACUUACAUCUAAAAAUGCUGGUAGUUCACGUUGUCUAGCUAAAAUGAAGGAUGACAAGUCAAGAAAUAAAAUAAAAAAUAGCAAGAUUACAAAAGUUGAACCUUUAGAUACUGAUGGGUAUUCUCCGAUUAAAUUAAAUACAAUAGCAUCAGUGGAACGUGCAUUGUGGGGUGAUAUGUCGGAUGUUAUUGAAAAUCACGAUGCUGCAACUAAAAUACCUGAAUACUCAAUGAGCAAAGAAAUACCAUUUGCUGUAGGGUUAUUGCCACUUCAUGCAGCAUUAGAAAGAAUGCAAGCAAUUCCUGAUUAUCAGCCUCGCAAAACAAGAUCAUCUUUUGCUACACCCAUGAAACAUGAUUCCAAUCAUUUAAAUUUUAAACGUAAAGCUCCUGGUGCUACUGCUGAUACCGAAUAUGAUUCUAUUUAUAAUAAAAAACAAUGUAGCCUAGAACAAAUGGAUGAUAACUCAUCAAACACUUUUUGUCAUAUUAAAAUUCAAACGUCUUCCCAAUGUUCUCAAAGUUGCGAUAAUUCCAUGAUGGAUCAAUUAGUUACUAUCGGGUCGAAUUUUCAUAAGCGAUGA